GAUUAUGAUAAUAUCAUUACCUGUUGAGUGUUGUCAUUCGAGCUCGGAGCUCGGACAGCCGCUCGUUCCGAUUACAUAUAGCGGGUCACUGAUCUCACUGGACGGUUCGCUACUGACUGCCUACUGGCAACAUUCACGCCUGCGCUGCGCUUCCGUCCCGUGACUUGCCUGCCUUCCCCUGCCGCCGCGGCUGCGAGCUUCAGGGCGCCAUGGCGCAAACCCCACCGAUUCCCCGCGUCAGCCUCGGCACCCAAGGACUGGAGGUGUCCAAGCUGGGGUUCGGGUGCAUGGGCCUCACAGGCUCCUACAACUCCCCGGUCGAGGACGACGCCGGCGUCGCCGUCAUCACGCACGCCUUCCGCCGCGGCGUCACCUUCUUCGACACCUCCGACGUCUACGGGCCCCACGCCAACGAGAUCCUCCUCGGCAAGGCGCUGAAGCAGCUGCCGCGGGAGCAGGUUCAGGUGGCCACCAAGUUUGGGAUUCAGCGGGAUGCCCAGGGCAAGAGCACCAUCUGCGGCCGCCCGGAGUACGUGCGCGCCUGCUGCGAGGCCAGCCUGCACCGCCUCGGCGUCGACCACAUCGACCUCUACUACCAGCACCGCAUCGACACCACCAUCCCCAUCGAGGACACGAUUGGUGAGCUCAAGAAGCUUGUGGAGGAGGGGAAGGUCAAGUACAUUGGGUUAUCGGAGGCGAGCCCGGACACCAUCCGGCGUGCUCACGCUGUGCACCCCAUCUCUGCCGUGCAGAUGGAGUGGUCUCUGUGGGCUCGCGACAUCGAGCCCGAGAUCGUGCCUCUCUGCAGGGAGCUAGGGAUUGGAAUUGUUCCCUACAGCCCGAUUGCCCGUGGGUUUUUCGGUGGAAGGGGAGUGACACAACAAGUGUCUGCUGAAUCUAGUCUGAAAGGCCAUCCACGUUUUUCGGCUGAAAACCUGGAGAAGAACAAGCAACUCUAUCUGAAAAUGGAAGAACUGGCCAAGAAGCACCAGUGCAGCCCUGCUCAGCUAGCUUUAUCCUGGGUUCUGCAUCAAGGGGAUGAUGUGGUUCCGAUACCAGGGACUACUAAGAUCAAGAAUCUAGACUCCAACAUUGACUCCUUGAAGGUGAGGCUCACGGAAGAUGACCUCAAAGAGAUUAGCAACGAGAUACGCGAAGAAGAUGUUGCCGGUGGGAGGCAGUAUACUUCGUUUGCGAAAUUCACCUGGAAUUAUGCGGAUACGCCAAAGAAGUGAAACUACAAAAGAUUGUGGAGACGGUGAAACAAGCAUGCCAUGCUAUGUGCUCGUGUGAUGAAUGGUGCCCCCUGUAUCUUCAUCUUGUGAAUUGUCCCGUGAAUAAGAACAUGUGCACUGUCUCCACCUGCCGUGUAAAUUUAUGUGUGCCUGUAUAACAGAAGACUGAGACUGUGCUAGCUAUGUUUGUGGCUCUCUAGUCUUACCGGCUUUCCGUGACAGCAAUUACACUGUUGGAAAAUGUAUCUGCUCAAAGAGAUAUUCAGAAGCAUAUCAAGACGUUUGAAAAAAAAAGCAUGUCAAGAAAAACUGUUAUGGCCGGUUUAGCUAGGCCCACAGGGCAGUAGUUAGGGGUUUGGCCCACAAGUUAUCUUAAGUUAAUUCUUAUGCAAGUUAUCUUAGGUUAAUUCUUAUGCAAGUUAUCUAGGUUAUAAAUAUAGGUUGUAAGACUCUUUUUGAAAUCAAGCAAUAAGAAGAAUAAGAAGAAUAUUAUCUCUA